AUGUCAAUGGGUGAUGAGCCACUGUACCCAAUAGUUGUUCUGAUAGAUGAGAUUAAGAAUGGUGACAUUCAACUUCGGCUAAAUCCGAUUCGGAGGCUAUCAACAAUUGCACGUGCUCUUGGGGAGGAGCGAACGCGCAAGGAAUUGAUUCCAUUUUUGAGCGAACACAACAAUGAUGAUGAUGAAGUGCUUCUUGCUAUGGCAGAAGAGUUGGGUGUGUUUAUUCCUUAUGUUGGCAAAGUAGAGCAUGCACAUGUUUUGCUCCCACCUUUGGAAACUCUUUGCACUGUUGAGGAAACCUGUGUGAGGGACUGGGUUGCUGAGUUCAAAUUUAUCUGGGAAGUAUACAUCAAUUUCUCAAGACAUUUUCUAUGUUGA